AUGGAGCUCUUAGAAAAUAAUAAUAUGGAGGAAAAAAAGAGAAUACGACCAACUGACUCAGAAACAUAUUCACAAGACAAUAAAAAGUGGUCGACAAAUGAUGUCGUAAAUGAGAAAAUAGAUGGGAAAUUGAUAGCAACAAAU